AAUUAAUGCAAAAUGGGCUAUAUGGUAUCUUUCAUGUUAAAAAAAGGCAUGAGUGGCCUCUCAAUUAUCCCCGUGAUAUAGUUCAAAAACUUGGAAGCAUAUAUGGAUCUUAUUUUUCAAAG